AUUGGUGGAGGCGGGAAGUUUAAACAGAGGCGAAGCGCCGUACUCGUUCCGUCUCUCUUUUGAAUCUGCGAGUUUGUGGGCCCGCUUCCUUUUGUCCUGGGGUGUAGUCUGCCGGAAAAGGAGAGGGCCCGAAUCCGCCCACGCAGUCUCCACUGCCGCCCCCGAGGGUCCUCGGCCAGCGUACGUCCUGAAACCCGCUCCCGAGCAGCGGGAGCGGGGGCAGGAGGGCCGGGCCGGGUCUCCAAGCCGCCAUGGCGGCCCGGCGAGCGGGGCGAAGCUGCUGGGCGGCGAGCCCCACCGCGCGGAGGUCGCCAGUGAGGCUGCUGGACCCCGCGGCCGAGGAGGAGGCGCCUUCGACGCCGGUCCUUUCUCUCAGCCACUUCUGCAGGUCUCCUUUCCUCUGCUUCGGGGAUGUGCGCCUGGGGUCCUCGCGGACGCUGCCUCUGGCCCUGGACAACCCUAACGAGGAGGCGGCCGAAGUGACGGUCAGCCGCUUGCCGGCCGCGGACCUGGGCUUCCGCGUGUCGCCGCGCCGUUUGGUGCUGCAGCCUAAGGAAAAAAUUGUUAUUUCUGUUACCUGGACACCAUUCAAAGAAGGCCGUGUAAGAGAGACUGUGACAUUUCUUGUAAAUGAUGUUCUGAAGCAUCAAGCUAUAUUACUAGGAAAUACAGUUGAGCAGAAAAAGAAGAAGAGGAGUCUUUGGGAUACCAUUAAGAAGAAGAAAAUUCCAGCCUCUUCAAGUCAGAACAGAAGAGUUUCACAUAUUAAAAAUGUUAAUAGAACAUUUAAUGUUUCCCAAAAAGUUGACAGAGUUAGGAGCCCACUGCAAGCUUAUGAAAAUUUGGCUAUGAAUGAAGGCUACUCCUCAAGAGAAAACAAUUCUUUAACCCUUGAAGAAAUUAAAAUACCCCUGUCACCUAUUAGCCCCACUGUCAAAGAGUGCCAUGGUGAAGUCUGCUUGCCACUUUCUAUACGUCGAUCUACUCCCUAUUCAUCUCUUAAUGCAUCAGAAAAUGGGGAGCUAGUGAAAGUAGAUGACAAUAUUUCAAAAUAUUAUACUGAGAAAGUCAUUACAGAAACUUCCUUUAGUUCCAUAAAUAUUAAUGGCAAAAGUGAAGAUAAUAGUGAACUUAUUCUUACUCCAAACUACUCUUCAAAUCUGAACAUUACACAAAGCCAAGGAAAGUUUCUAAGUCCAGAUUCUUUUGUAAAUGAUAACUAUGUAGCUAAUAAUGAAGUAGAAUUAGUGGCAUGUCUUUCAUCAGAUACACUUAAGAAAGAUAAUUCAAAGCCUGUGCAUUUGGAAUCAAAAGCUGUACAUGAAAUUUAUCAGACAGUUUUAAGUCCAGAUUCCUUCAUAAAAGAUAAUUAUGGACUAAAUCAGGAUCUACAAUCACAGUUGAUUAAUCCCAUUUUGUCCCCAAAUCAAUUUGUAAAAUAUAAUGUGACAUAUGGGUGUACAUCUCAGCAAACAUGUAAAUUAUCACCAAUACCAAACGAAAAUUCUCAAGUCCUACAGUCUCCUCAAGAUUGCAGAAAAAGCGAAGUUUUGCCAUGUAUUUCUGAAUGUCAAAUUUCAAAAUCUCCCAAAACUAUGUUUGAAGAAACUGUAGAAACGAAGUCAAAUGACUACAGUUUUAUAAAAAAAAGUCAUCCUAAAUUUUCUGUAGUUCAGGAUAUUUCUAGUUAUAACUACAAUAAACCUAAAAGACGCCCUGUACUUUCUGCCACUAUUACCAAAAGGAAGCCCACCUAUGCCAGAGAAAACCAAACUGACAUUAAUAAACCAAAAACAGAAAGAUGUCUCGACAGUUCAGUAGGUGAAUGUGAAAAAGUAAUAAAUAAUCAAAAGGAGAAAGAAGUUUUUCAUGCUUAUCUUCCAAUUAUAGAUCCAGUAUUAAGUAAACCUAAGAGUUAUAAAAAUGAAAUGACUCCCUCUUCAGUGACAGCUUCAGUUGCUCGUAAAAGAAAGAGUGAUCAAAGUAUAGAAGAUACAAGUGUGAGAGCCGCAGUUACAGAACAUACAGAAGUACGAGAAAUCAAACGAAUCCAUUUUUCUCUCUCCACGUCUAAAACGCCAACUGUUAAGAACACAAAAAAUGUGAUAACACCUAUCUCAAAAUGUAUUAACAACAGAGAGAAAUUAAAUCUGAAGAAGAAAACUGAUUCAUUAAUAUUCAAAACUCCUAUUUCUAAAACAAACAAAAGGACAAAACCAAUUGUUGCUGUGGCACAGUCCAGUUUGACCUUUAUAAAACCAUUAAAAACAGAUAUUCCUAGACACCCAAUGCCAUUUGCUGCAAAAAACAUGUUUUAUGAUGAACGCUGGAAGGAAAAGCAGGAACAGGGCUUCACUUGGUGGUUAAAUUUUAUAUUAACUCCUGAUGACUUCACUGUAAAAACAAGUAUUUCCGAAGUCAGUGCUGCUACUCUUCUUUUGGGAGUGGAGAAUCAACAUAAAAUAAGUGUUCCUAGAGCACCUACAAAAGAUGAAAUGUCUCUUAGAGCUUACACUGCUCGGUGCAGGCUGAAUAAAUUACGUCGUGCAGCAUGUCGUUUGUUCACUUCUGAGAAAAUGGUUAAGGCUAUUAAAAAACUUGAAACUGAAAUUGAAGCUAGGCGGUUGAUUGUUCGAAGAGAUAGACACCUUUGGAAAGAUGUGGGAGAACGUCAGAAAGUCUUGAACUGGUUGUUGUCUUACAAUCCUCUGUGGCUUCGAAUUGGGCUAGAGACAGUUUAUGGAGAACUCAUAUCUUUGGAAGAUAACAGUGAUGUCACAGGAUUGGCUCUGUUUAUUCUGAAUCGCUUACUUUGGAAUCCUGAUAUAGCAGCUGAGUAUAGACACCCCACUGUUCCUCAUCUGUACAGAGAUGGUCAUGAAGAAGCUUUGUCCAAGUUUACAUUGAAAAAGUUAUUGUUGUUGGUCUGUUUUCUUGAUUAUGCUAAAAUUUCCAGACUUAUUGAUCAUGAUCCUUGUCUCUUCUGUAAAAAUGCCAAAUUCAAGGCUAGUAAAGAAAUUCUUUUGGCAUUUUCACGAGAUUUCCUAAGUGGUGAAGGUGACCUUUCUCGUCACCUUAGCUUAUUGGGAUUACCUGUUUACCACGUUCAGACACCGUUUGAUGAAUUUGAUUUUGCUGUUACAAAUCUUGCUGUAGACUUGCAGUGUGGAGUGCGUCUUGUGCGAACCAUGGAACUCCUCACACAGAACUGGAAUCUCUCAAAGAAACUCAGGAUCCCGGCAAUAAGUCGUCUUCAAAAAAUGCACAAUGUUGACAUUGUUCUUCAAGUUCUUAAAUCACGAGGAAUUCAAUUAAGUGAUGAGCUUGGAAAUGCGAUUCUAUCUAAAGAUAUUGUGGAUAGGCACAGAGAAAAAACUCUCGGGUUGCUUUGGAAAAUAGCAUUUGCUUUUCAGGUGGAUAUUUCCCUCAAUUUAGAUCAAUUAAAGGAAGAAAUUGCCUUUCUAAAACACACACAGAGUAUAAAAAAAGCAAUGUCUACAUUAUCAUGCUGUUCUGAUGUUCUUAUUAAUAAAAAAGACAAAAGGAUUAGUAGUUCAUUUAAACAUUAUGGUGAAAAUAUAAAGUUAUUGAUGGAUUGGGUAAACGCUGUUUGUGCCUUCUAUAAUAAAAAGGUGGAGAAUUUUACAGUGUCUUUCUCUGAUGGCCGUGUAUUAUGUUACCUGAUCCACCAUUAUCAUCCUUGCUAUGUGCCUUUUAAUAAGAUAUAUCAGCGAACUACUCAAACUGUGGAAUGCACACAGACUGGUUCAGUGGUAUUAAAUUCAUCAUCUGAAUCUGAUAAUAGUUCUCUAGAUAUGUCUCUUAAAGCAUCUGAUCAUGAAAAUACUUCAGAACUAUACAAAGAGCUGCUAGAAAAUGAAAAGAAAAACUUUCAUUUGGUUAGGUCUGCAGUUAGAGACCUUGGUGGAAUACCUGCUAUGAUUAACCAUUCGGAUAUGUCAAAUACAAUUCCGGAUGAAAAGGUGGUGAUUACUUAUUUGUCAUUUCUUUGUGCAAGGCUUUUGGAUCUUCGUAAAGAAAUAAGAGCUGCUCGACUUAUACAGACAACAUGGAGAAAAUAUAAGUCGAAAGCAGAUCUCAAACGCCAUCAGGAGAGAGAUAAAGCUGCAAGAAUUAUUCAAUCAGCUGUAAUCAGUUUUCUAACUAAACAACGAUUGAAAAAAGAAGUUAAUGGAGCACUUGUCAUUCAGAAAUGUUGGCGAAGAGUCUUAGCACAGAGAAAAUUAUUGAAGUUAAAAAAAGAGAAACUGGAAACAGUUCAACAUAAAGCAGCAUCAGUUAUUCAGGCUGUGUGGAGGGCAUAUAAAGUCAAGAAAUAUUUAUGUAAAGUGAAAGCUGCCUGCAAGAUUCAAGCCUGGUAUCGGUGUUGGAGAGCUCGCAAAGAAUAUCUAACUGUAUUAAAAGCUGUUAAAAUUAUUCAAGGUUGCUUCUAUACCAAACAGGAGAGAACACGGUUUUUGAAUGUGAGAGCAUCAACAAUUAUCAUUCAGAGAAAAUGGAGAGCUACACUUACUGCAAGAAAAGCUCGUGAGCACUUCUUAAUGACGAAAAGACAUCGAGCUGCUUGUUUGAUCCAAGCACAUUUUAGAGGAUAUAAAGGAAGGCAUGUCUUUCUUAGGCAGAAAUCUGCUGCUUUGAUCAUACAAAGAUAUAUACGAGCCAGGGAGACCGGAAAGUAUGAAAGGGUAAAAUAUAUUGAAUUAAAAAAAUCUACUGUUAUUCUACAAGCACUGGUGCGUGGUUGGUUAGUAAGAAAAAAAAUUUUAGAACAAAGAGCCAAAAUUCGGCUUCUUCAUUUUUCUGCAGCUGCAUAUUAUCACCUGUCUGCUCUUAGAAUUCAAAGAGCAUAUAAACUUCAUAUAGCUUUGAAGAAUGCUAAGAAGCAGAUUAAUUCAGUCAUCUGUAUUCAGAGAUGGUAUCGAGCGAAAUUCCAACGAAAGAGAUUUAUUCAGAAAUAUUGUGGCAUCAUAAAAAUUGAGCAUGAAGUUCAAAAAUGUCUGAGACAGCAAAAUAGGGCUGCAUCAGUAAUACAGGAAGCAGUACGCCAUUUCCUCCUUCGUAAAAAACAGGAAAAAUUUGAUAGGGGAAUCACUAAAAUUCAGGCAUUAUGGAGAGGCUAUUCUUGGAGGAAGAAAAAUGAUUGUACAAAAAUUAAAGCUAUACGACUAAGUCUUCAAGUUGUUAAUAGGGAGGUUCGAGAAGAAGACAAACUCUACAAAAGAACUGCACUUGCCCUUCAUUGUCUUUUAACAUAUAAACACCUUUCUGCCAUUCUGGAGGCUUUAAAGCAUCUAGAGGUAGUUACUCGAUUGUCUCCACUUUGUUGUGAGAACAUGGCCCAGAGUGAAGCAAUUUCCAAAAUAUUUGUUUUGAUCCGAAGUUGUAAUCGUAGUGUUCCUUGUAUGGAGGUCAUCAGAUAUGCUGUGCAAGUUUUGCUUAAUGUAGCUAAGUAUGAGAAAACUACUUCAGCAGUUUAUAAUGUAGAAAAUUGUAUCGAUACACUAUUGGAGCUUUUGCAGAUGUACCAAGAAAAGCCUGGUGACAAAUUUGCAUUUAAGGGUGGAAGCAUUUUCACAAAAACUUGUUGUUUGUUGGCUAUUUUAUUGAAGAUAACAAAUCGAGCCUCUGAUGUACAAAGUAGGUCCAAGGUUGCUGACCGUAUUUAUAGUCUCUAUAAACUUACAGCUCGUAAACAUAAAAUGAAUACUGAAAGAAUACUUUAUAAACAAAAGAGGAAUUCUAUGAGCAUUCCCUUUAUUCCAGAAACACCUGUAAGGACCAGAAUAGUUUCAAGAUUUAAGCCAGAUUGGGUUUUGAGAAGAGAUAACAUGGAAGAAAUCACAGAUUCCCUGCAGGCUAUUCAAAUGGUGAUGGAUACGCUUGGCAUUCCUUAUUAGUAAAUGUAAACAUUUUCAGUGUAUAUUGUACAAAUAAAUAUUAAAGAUAAUCAUGAGUAUGUAAAGAUAUUUUGCUCUCUGAGUACAAUCUUAAAAUCUGACUUUGUAUUAAAAUUUUUAAAAAUUCAUAACAAAAACCAUCUUUUAUUAUUUAAAAGUUAUGCAUAUAUCAAACUAAUAUGUCAUA